AUGAGUUUUUUAUUUGGGAGCCGGUCUAACAAGACUUUUAAGCCAAAGAAGAACAUUCCUGAAGGUACGCACCAAUAUGAUCUAAUGCGACAUGCCGCGGCUACUCUGGGCUCGGGCAACUUGCGUCUCGCCGUGAUGCUGCCGGAGGGCGAAGAUCUCAACGAGUGGGUCGCUGUCAACACUGUGGAUUUUUUCAAUCAAAUCAAUAUGCUGUAUGGAACUAUAACAGAGUUUUGCACAGAGGAGUCUUGUGCUGUGAUGUCAGCAGGGCCCAAGUACGAGUACCACUGGGCGGACGGCCACACAGUCAAAAAACCCAUUAAGUGCUCUGCACCUAAAUAUAUAGACUACCUGAUGACGUGGGCUCAAGAUCAGCUCGACGAUGAGACUUUGUUUCCAUCUAAAAUAGGUGUGCCAUUUCCAAAAAAUUUUCUGUCAAUGGCAAAGACAAUCCUGAAACGACUGUUUAGGGUGUAUGCUCACAUCUACCACCAACAUUUUCCUGAAGUAGUGCAGCUCGGAGAAGAGGCUCACCUAAACACCUCUUUUAAGCAUUUUAUCUUUUUCGUUCAGGAGUUCAACCUUAUCGAGCGACGCGAGUUGGCGCCGUUACAAGAACUCAUCGAGAAACUGACUGCGAAAGAAGCGCGGUGA